UUAGCAAUAGCCGACCUCCUCAAAUACUCCCAAAUUGGAGCUUUAGGGUUAGGGUUUCUCAAAUCUCUCUCUCGCAAAGCCAAAGCGCAGGAAAGCUCACUCCCAAUGGCAACGGCGACCGCGAACGCUUCCGGGACGGCGACGGUGACGGCAAAGAGGAAGCCGGUGUUCAUAAAGGUUGCGGACAUUCAGCCAGGCACUAGCGGCCACACUCUGACCGUCAAGGUCGUCAGCUCCAAUCCAGUCAAGGUCACCUCCAAGAACGGCGGCGCCCGAUCCGCUCUCUCCUCUCGCCCUCUUCAGCCUCCUCGCAUCGCUGAGUGCCUCGUCGGCGAUGAGACCGGGACCAUUGUCUUCACUGCUCGCAAUGACCAAGUUGAUAUUAUGAAGCCUGGCACCACGGUGAUCCUGCGCAAUGCAAAGAUUGACAUGUUCAAGGGGACUAUGAGGCUUGGGGUUGAUAAAUGGGGCCGUGUUGAAGUCACAGAACCAGCCAGCUUUGAAGUGAAGGAGGCCAACAAUCUUUCUCUCGUCGAGUAUGAGUUAGUUAAUGUUGCAUCGGACCAGAAAAGCUAAUUGGAUAAAAGACUGAAUGAUGGGUAUAUUGUGAGAGUGGAUAUUAGUGAAUUAGUAGCAAUCAAAGGUUAGAUUGGUGUUCCUAACCGUUACUGUUACUGGGGUACUGCAACUGAUAUGUGGUUCUUCUCCUGUUUUCCUGAAGAUAUUUUCACUAUUGUUAUUUGCUAGUGAGUUUUCGGAUGCUAAUAUUAUGACUUGGAAAAAAUAUUGUGGUCAAGUAUAUGCCAGAAUAAUUGUAUCUUGUACAUUAUACCCGCUUAGGUUGCGUCACUUAUGCAUGAA